AGGCUCGUGAUCGUUGAAGUCUUCCCUCGGGUUUGUGGAGAUCAGGUUCAAAUCAAAGAUUAGGGUUUUGAAGGGUUUGAAGAUCAGUUCUGCCACCGUCAUAGUUUCCGCUGCAGAAUACAGUCUGUACUGUCUUGUGAACAGUAACUGCGCCGCCGUUGUGAACAGUCGCUGCUUCUAGGGUUUUGUUUAGCCGCCGCUGCCAAGGUUAGUUCGUUAUUGGUUUUUUCAAUCUCAGAUCACUUUUUCAGCCGUGUAUGGAAACAAUGGCAGAUGAAAAGAUAAAGAUUGAAAAGUUUGAUGGAAGUGAUUUUGGGUUUUGGAAGAUGCAAAUCGAGGAUGUUCUUUAUCAGAAAGACUUAUACCAAACGUUAUCGGGAGAAAAGCCAGAAAAAAUGAGUGAUGCAGAUUGGGCGAUUUUGGACAGGAAAGCUUUGGGAGUGGUUAGACGGUUGGUUAACACCAGAAUGAGGGAGGGUGCUUCAGUUACCAUUCACAUCAACCAGUUUAAUUCGGUCAUAACUCGGUUAGGAUCAGUUGCAAUUAAGUUUGAUGAUGAACUUCAGGCGUUGCUGCUUUUAUCUUCUUUGCCUGACAGUUGGUCUGGAACAGUGACUGCAGUUAGUAGUGCAUCUGGUACUACUAAGUUUACUUUUGAAGGAAUUCGGGACUUGAUUCUAGAGGAAGAAGGAAUGAAAGAGGAAGCAACCGUGGUAGAGGCAAGAGUCAGUCCAAGCAUCGGGAAGGAAUUGUCUGUUGGGAUUGCAAACAGACGAGACAUUUUAGAACAAAACAGCAUGAAGAUGAUGAAGAAUCUGAAGAUUGGGGACUUUGGUAAGGUACGACUUGGUAACGAUGAAAUUCUGGAUGUAACGGGCAUGGGGGAUAUUGACUUGAAAACUUCAAUUGGAGCCACUUGGACUUUGAAAAACGUCAGAGUCAUUCCAAGCUUGAAGAGGAUGCUUAUCUCAGUUGGGCAGUUGGAUGAUUCGGGUCUUGAUGUUAAAUUUGGUGGUGGACAGUGGAAGGUGGUCAAAGGAAAUCUUGUUGUUGCUUGUGGAAAGAAAAGGGGCUCGUUAUAUAUGGUCGAGAUACCUCCAGAAGGAGCAAGUCCAGUUUUUGUAAAAGAAAAGGUCCGGUUCAAAGAAUCUCGUGUGCUAAAGAGGGUUACCUUUGCAAAGGAGAAACUCAGAGAAAGAGUGCAAAUUCAAGAUGAAUUAGCUUGGAAGGUUCAACAAGUCAGGGAAUUUUGUGACAGUGGGAGCACAUGUCGUGCUUCAGUCCCAAUCCGACAGUGGGUUAGGAAAACUAGUAUUCCGGCGUUGAAUGUUUCUCCUGUUAAUAAUUUGCUUGGUUUGGAGAAUGUAGGUUCUCAGUUUGUCUUAGAAGCAAGGAGAGUGAUAGAUGUGUCACACUCGGAGCUAGCAGAGAAAGAGAACGAGUUACGGGUUGUGACUGAUGAGUUGAAGCUCAGUGGGAGCUUCAACGGGCCUUUAAAUAAUUGAAGAGAAGGCCAAGGGGAAAAUGAGGAUUACAAGAGUUACGGAUGAUGAAGACUAAGGGGCGUUGUUUGAGCCUCCAAGUGGGAGAUUGUUGGGCGAAUUGAGUGUGGAGGCUCGACCAGGAAGGGCAGCCGGCCCUAGUCUUGGUUCGACCCAUAUGGCAGUAAAUUAGGUUUUUAAUUUAGCCGGUCCUAAUUCUCUAUGUGGGCUUGGGCCUAACUUGGGGAUUAAGUUUUCAACCCUAGUUUAGUCUUCAUAAAUAGGGAUCUCUGUACUUGCAAUUCUGUUUCCUAAUUUCAUGAGAUGGAUGCAUGUAUGUCUCACUUUUUCCAUUUUUUUGUAGCGUCAAUGGCGGCCAGAUAUAUAGAUUGUGAAAUGUCUGAGAAGCUCCGUACAAGAUUGUGUGAUAACUUGCAGAAUAUUAAUCAAAUAUUUUCACAAAGAUCUGUAGAUGAAAGAGUUUUUUUCUUGAACAGUGCAAAUGAUGUAUUAGAAGCUUUCUCUUGAGAUAAGAGAUUGAUAUUGAUCAAUGAACGAUUCAGUGCCAAACGUGUGAGAAAAACCAAGUAAGUAACUUUUUGAGUGUAUAACUAUUUAUUGAGUUAAAGCUGUACAAGAUUUUGAUUAUGUUUGACUAACUUUUAUAUUUCAGGCCAUCAUCAUCAAUAUUGCGUCUUCUAAGAAUCAAGAGCAAAGUAGUGGCUCCAUCAGAACUUGCAACAGAGCUUUCAAAAACAAAAGCUACACUUGCUG